AUGACGGGCAACGCAUUUGCCGUCGUCUACGUGGACCGCAAGACGCCCGUGACGGGCUUUCUGGACAAGAAUCUCGAUGGAUUGAAUCAAGAGAAUGACUCCAAUGAAGCCCAGCACAACAUCCGCACCAUCAUGGCUGCCUUUGGACAAGCUCAUAUCUGCGCCGAUGGCGUGUCCUGCUUGACGACCCUUGCACAACUCGACGAACCGCGCAAUCCUAAUCCGAUAGUCGUGCUUCUCGAUAUGCCCCACGACGACGAACCCACUAUCCGUAGGACCUCAUGGGACUCCAANCCCCCUUCGCCCUUGGUCGGGAAGCGACCCAAGGUGGAGCGAAACGAGCCGAGUGAUGUAUACGGCGUACACUUGCUGUCAUACCUAUCUUCGGAGAUCCAACAGCGCGUUCGCUCAAGGCUGGUCAUCCCAAUUGCUGUUCUUGCUGGCAAGACCGACCUGCUGGCUGAACCCACCCGAAUGUCGCGCUUUCUGGAUGCUGGUGCCAUUGAUGUGCUGCCGAGUCCACUCGGAGUUGAUCGAGUCCAGGGCUUGGCCGUGCACGCAUACCGUACAUACAAGGAGAUCGCGCGUGAGGCGGCGAGCUUUGUGCUUCAAAAAAGGAACAGGAAGCUGUCAUGGGUUGGAAUUGAUGAAGAACGCCCGUAUGCCUAUCUCCGGGAGGUUAUGGUUUCCGGCCUGAUGAAUGGCAUCUGUAAUCCUGACUCGGUUGGAGAGUGUAUCGACCCAAGCGAACUCAAGAUUGACUGCGACAGAAAAGCUCUCGUAGAGCAGGCAGUAGGUACUUGGGCGUUUUCUGCUCAUGACUUCGAUUCGGACGAGCUUCUCUACGCUGCUUUGACCAUUCUACAGCAUGCCUUGCAAAUGCCCGAACUAGAAAAAUGGCGCAUCNNUCCACAGGUAUAUGAUCUUACCAUCUUCCUUUUCGCUUGCAGGCACGCUUACAACGACUUUGUUCUGUAUCACAACUUCCGUCACAUUGUCGACGUCCUCCAGGCCGUCUUCUAUUUCCUCCUACAGAUCGGCAUCCUGCCUCCUUAUCCUGGUUCGCAAGGGGAGGCGCCAAGGACAGAUCUUGCGCCGGUUGCAUCUCUGCUACAACCAUUCGAUGCAUUAACCUUGCUCAUAUCCGCCAUCGGGCACGACGUCGGCCAUCCUGGCGUGAACAAUGCUUUUCUGGUUGCUUUGAAUGCGCCACUUGCUCAGCUCUACAAUGAUCGCUCAGUCUUGGAGGCAUUCCAUUGCGCAGCCUACUCGCAGAUCCUCCGCAGAUACUGGCCACAAGCUUUUGCUGAUAUUCCCAUGCGCAAGCUGAUGAUCAACUCGAUCUUGGCUACGGACAUGGGGCUUCACUUCAAGUACAUGAUCGACAUGGGCAACCUGCAAGAAAAGCUUACCUCAAAUGACGAUAGCAUAGAGGGCUGGACACCAAAAGCGCUCGAAGAGACUAGAGAUCUUGUCUGUGGACUAUUGAUGAAAUGCGCCGAUAUAAGCAAUGUGGCACGUAAAUACGAUGUUGCAGCACGAUGGGCUGUGAUCCUUACCGAUGAGUUCUCCAACCAAGGCGCCAUGGAGAAGGAGCUUAAUCUGCCAACCUGCUUAUUCGGUGGCCCUCCUGAUCGUGAGGACUUGGUUAAACUAGCAGAGUCUCAAAUUGGUUUCAUGAGCAUUUUCGCCGGUCCUCUCUUCGAGGGCAUUACAGCAAUUCUACCCGCCAUGGGAUUCUCCACUGUUGAGAUUGAGUCCAACAGAACCGUCUGGGAGGAGAAGAUUCACGUCGAGAAGCUGAGAAGAGGAACCGUUCUGGCGAGUCCGCCUGCUCAGCCUUCGCCACUUCCUCGAACCCCUCUCUCCGUGCCCGAGGAGGAAUUCGAAGACAGCAAAGAAGACGACAUCCCGCCCGAACGAGAUUCUCUCUUUGGUCCAUCUCGUACGUCACAAACACAAAACGAAGCACAAGCAACGAAGCCUGACAACAUUCGGGCGAACCCAGAACCAGCAUCGCCCACAUCACCCGUAAGAGUCCGUCCGACCUCCGCAUCACCUCUAAAAAGCAACAANAAGAAGACGAGCACUUCGAGUUUCCACGCGCCAUACUCUGUUCCAUUCCACCAACAUACAAACUCACGUCGCUCCUCAAAAGAUGCCGCGCUCGAACAACUGGAGCAGUUGCAACUAGGUCAGCUCAGCAGCUUCUCCCGUAUCGAAAACCAGAACCAUGACGGUGGUCGACGAGGCAGUGGCGAUGCUUCCCUGACGACGAUUCUUGUCCGCAGCCAAACGGGGCAGAGUAGGCAAGAGCCGGAUUCGCCAACAAAGCCGCCACCGUCGCCUCUCAGGCAGACUACAAGGCCAUUCCCACCACCUGCUCAGCCUGGUGUUCCAUCUUCAUUGCCUUCGUCUCGCAGCCAUGCCACUAGUAAUGCAACGGCAACAACUACAACUUGCGCACAUUCACCGGGCUCCACGCGGCCCUCUUCGGUAGAAGAAAUGGGUGGUGAGACUCCCAAAGGAAUAGAACCACCUCCAGUUCUAUCAACAGAGAAUCCGUUCUUGCACCCCAACUCGAGCCCGGAUCUGCAUGGCAGAGAACGUAUUUCACAUUCGGCACCGGAUAUCAGGAGUAUCCCGGAGGUGCGUACGGGCAAAGUGAGUUCGGUAUCACAUGUCACAGCCGACGGGGACGAUGGCGACGACAAUCGCGGCAUGUCACAACGACCUUCAGGGAUCCGCGAGAGCCGUAGCCGAAGCAGACUGAGAGGGCUUCGCUUCUGGAGAAAGAGAUGGAAGAGCCCUGGCCCUGGCGCCGAGGUUGACACAGAGCCGUGA